UCCGGCAGGUGGCCUAGCGGGUCCCGGCCCCAGAACCUCUGCCCCGCGGGCGGCGGGUCUCUGCCAGAGGCCCAGACAGACGGAUUGGAGAAAGUUUCCGGGCCGGGCAUGGCCGCGAUCUGGCAGCAGGUGCUGGCCGUGGAUGCAAGGUACAACGCAUACCGCACGCCCACCUUCCCCCAGUUCCGAACACAAUACAUACGGCGCCGGAGUCAGCUGCUGAGAGAAAAUGCCAAGGCAGGGCACGAACCGGCCUUUCGAAGGCAGUACCUAAAGCUGAGGGCCCAGCUGCUGGGGCACCGCUACGGGCCUCUGACAGAGCCCGGGAGCUUCCGAGCCUUCAGCAACAGUGUUGUCCGAAGCAGUCGGACCACCCUGGACCGAAUGGAGGACUUCGACGAGGACCCUCGUUCACUUGGUGCCCGUGGCCACCGGCGCUCCGUUAGUCGCGGAUCCUAUCAGUUGCAGGCCCAGAUGAAUCGGGUCAUCUACGAUGAGAGGACGCUCGGCAGUGUCGUGCCCACGUCGGUAGCCGAGGCCAGCCGGGCCAUGGCGGGGGACACUUCGCUGAGUGAAAACUAUGCUUUUGCUGGGAUGUACCACGUCUUUGACCAACAUGUGGAUGAGGCUGUUCCCAAAGUCCAAUUUGCCAAUGAUGAUCGCCACCUGCUAGCCUGUUGCUCCCUGGAUGGCAGCAUCUCCGUGUGCCAGCUGGUACCCGCCCCCCCUGUGGUACUGCGUGUGCUCCGUGGGCAUUCGCGUGGCGUGUCCGACUUUGCCUGGUCCCUUUCCAAUGACGUCCUCGUCUCCACGUCGCUGGAUGCCACCAUGCGCAUCUGGGCCACGGAAGAUGGCCGCUGCAUCCGAGAGAUCCCUGACCCGGAUGGGGCAGAACUGCUGUGCUGCACUUUCCAGCCGAUCAACAACAAUCUCACUGUGGUGGGCAACGGGAAGCACAACGUGCACGUGAUGAACAUCUCCACGGGCAAGAAAGUGAAGGGCGGCUCCAGCAAGCUGACUGGCCGCGUGCUGGCUCUGUCCUUUGAUUCCCCCGGACACAUCUUAUGGGCUGGGGACGAUCGCGGCAGAGUCUUUUCCUUCCUUUUUGACGUGGCUACAGGGAAGCUGACCAAGGCCAAGCGGUUGCUGGUACACGAAGGCAGCUCCAUCACUAGCAUCAGUGCGCGUUCCUGGAUCAGCCGGGAAGCGCGAGACCCGUCUCUGCUCAUUAACGCCUGCAUCAACAAACUGCUUCUCUACCGGGUAGUGGAUAACCAGGGCACUCUGCAGCUGAAGAGGAGCUUCCCCAUUGAUCAGAGCCAGCAUCCCAUUCGAAGUAUCUUCUGCCCUCUCAUGUCCUUCCGCCAGGGAGCCUGUGUGGUCACAGGCAGCGAGGACAUGUGUGUCUAUUUCUUUGAUGUGGAACGGACCUCCAAAGCCAUCGUCAAUAAACUGCAGGGCCAUAGCGCCGCCGUGUUGGAUGUCAGUUUCAACUGUGACGAGAGCCUUCUGGCCUCGAGCGAUGCAGUUGGGAUGGUCAUCGUGUGGCGACGCGAACAAGAAUAACCAUCGCCUAACCUGAAGCAAGGUCCCGGCCGAGGCCCAGCGUCUGGUCUCAGGGAACUGAGGACGGGCAUAGCGAUAGCGGGGAGGGAUGGAGAAGAUUGGGGAGGCCCAGGAUGAGCUACCCUAGGCAUGGAAUUUUGUAAAUAAUAAAAAUCCAUGUCUGGUGGGGGGAAAAAAAAAGACUCCGGAUCCCCUUUUCUAGUUAGUUGACUUUCUUUUUGUAAUCAACUUAUUUUAGAUUGUUCCUUUUUUUGGUUUUUGUUUUGUUUUUCCUGAGCCUCAUUUGAAUUUUAAAGUAUUUUUGAGUUCUUCAAUAUAUAUUUUUUGGUCAGGUAACCAUUUAACAUUAACUUUUGGAAUGGGAGAGGAUUUUUUAAAAUUAAGUAUUCUUCUGUAAAGAUAAACUUUACAUAAUAACUUUCUAUAUUUGGGUUAUUUCUCCCUUUACCUGCUGUUUUUUUUUUUUUUUUUUUUUUUUUAAGAACUUGUUAGUAUUAUCACAUCUAGUCCUGAGGGUGGUAGGAAAUGGUGUCUCUAGCUUCUGGUCUUUCUUUAGUUCUUUCCUCUGGCCUAGAACCCUAUAAGUGCCCACAGCCAGUAGCUUCCUUGUCCCACUGCUUUUGUACUCAUCAGGUGUGUGCUGGUUCCUUCUCAUCCAGGGCCUUGUCUUAGCAGCACAGCUGAGCCUGUGCUUAUCAGAAAAGGUUCCCUCAGUAUUCCUAGACUCCAAACCCAGACUCUCCAUGCUUAAACAGCUGACUCCACAAACUGUCUGGGAGAUGAAAGCUUCUGUGAUUGGGGCUGAGACUACUCCAAACCCAAAUCUCCCUGGGGCUCUCCACUUGUUACUUAAGUAGAACUAGCUGGAGGUGUUUACAUUUCACAUGGACCAAACUUCCGUCUUGGGGUUUUUCUUCAGAUCUCCAGUUGCCCCAGGAGGACCAACUCAUUUCUGCCUCAACAGUUACUUGUUUUUCUUUGUCUUUCUUUGUCUACAUUUGCUCCAAAUACAUAAUUUUAUUUUGUUUGUGGUGAUAAUGUGGAUGGUUUAGAAUUUUCUGACCUACUAGCUUCCCAAAAUCCUAUUGCUAUGAGCACUUACCAAUAAUAAGAGGACAGAACCUACAGAAAGUUUGGCUUGGAUAUGGAAAGAAGAUGAGGAACAAAGGCAGUUUUUUUUUUUUUUACUCAAAAUGAAAAUAGAAAGUGACCAAACAAAAAUCAGAAAAUACCAAAUCAUAUCCCUCCUUUUUUAUUUGUUAAAUAUUAAUGAGAUAUGUACAUCAAGGCACUGAGGACAUCUCUGAUGAAAACAUGACGAGAAAAGAAAGGUUUCCAUAGACAAUGUUUUAUAGAACAUUUUUUAAUAGGCACACAAGUGACUGAGAAAAAAUAGGAAAUCCUGCUGUGUCUAUUAUUUAUUGAUAUAAAAUACACACAAACACACAAUUUCAACAGAACAAAAUGAAAAUUUAAAAGAUUCUUCUCAAUCAAGACAUCUCUGUGUCUUGAUUCUGUGACAGAUGUGAUUAGUAAGCUUUGUUAAAUAACUUGCCAAAUAUUAACUAGUGAGGUAUAAGAUAAGAUGUGCUUACCUAAGUGUUUUAUAAGAUGUCCUUUGCAAAAUGUAAACAAAUGAGAGAUUAUUAAUAGUGAAAUUUUCUAAAUAUUCUAAUUUGUUAAUCAAAUCUUUAUUAAGGGCCUACUACAUAUCAGGCAUUGAGCUAGGCAUUUGGGAUACACAUACAAAACUGAAAAAGUCCCUGCAUGCAAGAAGUUUGCAUUAUAAUUUGUGGAUGUCUUUUUAAUAAUGGUAUCAACUAUCAUAACACCACACUACCGCCCCAACUUAAAAAAUAAAAAUAGCAAUAAGAAUGUUAUAACUCUCCCAAAUGGAAAAACUUUAAUGAAAAAUGAAUGAUGCUCAGAUUGAUGUGCUGCUAGCUGAGUAUACAAUCUAAUUAGUCUGUCAAUGUUUACAUCCUAGAUAGGCACACCUAGAUAAGUAACAAGCAAAUUAAUUGCAACUUUCUCCAUAAGCCAAGAGAGGAAGGAAUCUAACUUCAUGAAUUAAUAGCAAUGAAAACUAAUGUGUAAUCUCUGCUAGGUUCACAUUGUACCCUCUCCCUUACCUUUCUUACAUCAUGCUGUAGUUGGCUGCACAACUCAAAUGAUCAUUUCCUUGAUAGGUUUGUUAUGGUGGAAUCUUUGUCAAUGUAUCCUAUCCCUACCUUCACUUUGUUAUUAUAUGCCAAUACUCACUUUAUUAUAAUGUGACAAUAAGCGGUAAAUUUUCACACUACCCACUAAGUUGUAAAGAAAGCAGAGAUAUAAAAUGGAAAAUAAUGCUUUGUUUAAAAAGAAAACACACUGUAGCACUGCUCAUCCAGAGAAAUAAGGAACAAAGGGAAAUCAAGUAGCAAGCAGUGGCUAUAUCAAACCUAAAGGAAAAGGGACUGAAACACAACUGCUGCCAGCACUUCACUACCAGAAGUCUCUUAGGAUAAGAAUUUAGAUAAGUUAUUAGUAAUUCCCCCCAAAUGGAAUAAGGCUAAAUCAACUUUAAUAUUAGCAAGUUAAUCUACCAUUAAUGAGUCAGAAAGUGAACAAGAAUGCUGAACAAAAACUAGUCCAGAUUGCAUACAGGAAAAGGACCAUAUACUAAAAACUCCAAAACCAUAUUAAAUUUUAAAAUUGCAAUAACAAUAAUUGACCAGGAGAAUGACCAUUAAAUAUAAAAAAGUAAUUCAAAUAAUGUGAGACUAUUCUGCAGAAGUCACAAAGGUAAAUAAUAUUCAAAGAGCAAAGAAGCUCAAAAACCAAAAUCAAAAUGCAAAUGUGAAUCUGAUUAUAUAUGAAAAAGAUGUUCAAUAAAGGAGAAAUAUUUGGUGCAUUUAUAAAAAAAAUACAUGAGCAUGUUAUUUAGUUUGCAAACAUUACAAAACUUGUAUGCUGUAAAGUUAAAUAUAAUUACCAAGGAAAACACAAGCACUGACAUGUAUUAGCUCAUCUUUAGAAUUAAUUAAAAGAUAAGAAAAGCAUCUAUGGGAUUGAUUUUUUUUUUGCAUUUUCUAUUCAAAGUUUAUUGGGGACGGCUUAGAUCAUGCAAAGAUGCAUGUCUUCCAUAAUCAUUGAGCAAACUUGCUGUUACUGUGAACAAUGUUUUCCUGGUUCUGAUUUUUUCGCUUAGCAUCAAUGCAUGUAAAUCUUUCCCAGGUCUUUCUAAAAUUAGCUUAUUUUUAUAGAAAAUUAAUAAUCCAUUA